AUGGUCGAACCUCCGCCGGUGGUGCAGAAGCCCCACGCCUGCCUCACAGCGGCCCUCGUCAUGACCAGCCUGCUGCUGCUGGAUGCCUACCUUCUGGAGCAAGAUGGCGGCCCCUGGAGGAUGGCGCUGUACAUCACCGUGGUGGCGGGUGACGGAUGUUUCCUCGUCAUGCUUCGAUACGUGGUGGUGUGGGCUGAGUCAGAGGUGCACACUGCGAGGCGAGGUUACGCCAUGAUCCUCUGGUUCUUCUACAUUUUUGUCCUGGAGAUUAAGGUCUACUUCAUUUAUCAGAGCUACAAGUCUCAGGGCGAGGCUGUGAUGACGGACGUGGGUGUGUCCAGGGGAGCGCUGACGCUGCUGCUGUCUCUCUGCGUGCCCAUCGUCUUCAUCACGUUGGCAGCCAUAGAUCAUCUGGAGUACCUGCAGUCACACAAGAAGAGAGAGGAGAUGAGGAGCCGUCUGUUCUGGGUGGUACUGGACCUGCUGGACGUCGUGGACGUUCAGGCCAACCUGUGGGAGCGUCAGAGGGGUGGGCUCCCCCUGUGGGUGGAGGGCCUGAUGUUCUUCUACUGCUACAUCCUCCUGCUGCUGCUGCCCUGUGUCUCCCUGAGUGAGAUCAGCAUGCAGGGUGUCAACAUCGUCCCCCACAAAAUGCUGCUGUACCCCAUCCUCAGCCUCGCCACCAUCAAUGUGGCCACGCUCCUGAUCCGUGGAGGGAACCUGCUGCUUUACAGCGACCUCAACGUGUCCGGGAUCAUGAUGGGGAAAAACGUGAUCGCCAUCGUGGUGAAGAGCUGCAGUCUGCUGGAGUACGGAAAGCAGCGUCUGGCUUCUCCUCCGGCAGAUCGUGGUGGUGAGGACUUGAGGACGCCUCUGGAAGGUGUUCAGGUGUCCGUCAGCCACACCACGGUUCUGCCCAGGGUGAUCAUUGAGGACUUCACCACCGUAUGGGAGGAGGAGGAGGAGAGGGAAAAAGACUCUGGUCUACAGAGGACCUCAUGUUCCCCUCAGGGACUGACAGGUGUCCAGGUCCAGACCAGCAACCCUCCACCACCGGGCUUAACAGGUGUCCAGUCCAUGGAAGCGUCCACGGUCCACAAACAUGUAAACAUGGUUCGUUGGUGGUUCCAAACUGUCCCCAGGAGCGAGUGGUUACGGAUCCCUGUGAGCCUGAACAAGGGGAUGGUGGACGAACUAGAACUAGAACUUCAGAUUCAUGAGUGCAGCUGA